AGAUAAAAUUCAAUAUCAAGAUAAUGUAGCAAAUGUAUUAUUUAGUAUUUAAUCAACAUUACAUUAAAAAUGUACACAAAAUUGAUAAUAUUUCUUUUUAUUUGUGCCAAUGGACUAUCCGGAGCGCAAGCUCUGUUCCGGUGUUACGCCUGCGGAUUUUCUGUUACUGAUACCGACAGAUCCUGUCUCACUAUCACAAACACAACACAAAUGGUAGAAUGUAUCCACACAUAUUGUACAAUUAUGAGGCAGGAGUUUUUGGAUCCCCCAGGUGUUGUUGCAAGUUUUGUACGAAGCUGUGAAAGACAGCCAACUUUUUUGAAUCACGAAGUAGUUGAUUCAACAUUCCGGACAUUUUAUCGAGCUUGUACAAACGAUCGUUGUAAUAUAGGUAACGGAAUACAAUCGAUUAAUGAUGGAAAUUUAUCCCCUAAUCCCCCGUUUAAUGGCACCAAUUUACUGGUUCCGGGUACUAGAAACAGCGCCUCUACAUUUCAUUUUAGUUUAAUUAUUGUACCACUUACUAUAUUAGUUUAUAUGGUAAAAUAAUAUCGGAUUUUAUUUUAUAAAUAUUCUUUUUUACAUCACGACCUAAAAAUAUUGAAAACCAUAUUGUAAAAUUAUUUAUAAUAUUUUAAUAAAUAAACGUGAAAGUACAA